AUGGAUCCUUUUGAAGCACUCUAUGGUAGGAGACGUAGGUCUCGGAUUGGGUGGUUUAAGCUUGGUGAGUCUUCACUCCUUGGUCCCGAAGUAGUCUAUGAAGCUUUGGAGAAAGUUCAUGUAAUAAGGAAUAGAUUGAAUAAAACCUAUAGUCGGAAAAAAUCUUAUACCGACAAUAGGAGAAGAGACAUUGAAUUUGAAGUGUGUGAUAAGGUGUACUUGAAGAUUUCACCUAUGAAAGGGGUGAUGAGAUUCGGUAAGAAGGGGAAGCUAAGUUUCUGGUAUGUGGUUCCCUAUGAGAUGUUGCAACGAGUCUGGAAGGUUGCUUAUGAAUUGAAAUUACCUAGUGAACUAGCUUUGGUUCAUUCGGUAUUUCAUGUCUCCAUGCUUAAGAAGUGUAUUGGUGACCUCGAGUCUAUUCUCCCUAUUGAAGGGUUAGGUGUGGGUGAGAACAUUUCCUAUGAAGAGGUUGUGGUGGAAAUCCUUGAUCGUCAAAUUAAGAAGUUGAGGAACAAAUAG